AAUCUCUUUCUCAAUUUUCUAUUUACACCCACAGGAAAACAAAACCAGAAAAGAGCAGGCUGUGAAGGUGGAGAAAAGGAAGAAGCAGCUUGAGGAGGAAGAAUCCAAAAGACAGAAGGGGGAGAAUGGAAAAAUAAUCCGGAAAGGACCCUCGCCACAGGACGAUGGCUGUAUUAUCGACCACCUUCUUGCUGACAUCCGGAAAGGCUUCCAUCUCAGGAAGACGCGGCCCAGGUGCGAUACGGAAAGCCCCCCCUCUAGUGAAAUGAAUAGGAAAAAGGGCCAGCCUGGGUCAAGUGUCAAGCCUGUAAUAGAAGAAGCCAAAGCCUCUGUCUCAGAAGCCUCCAGCACUCCCAGUCAAACUCAACCCCAGGCAGAGGAGAGGGCCCCAAGAGAAGGAAUGAACGAAUGCCCCAGCAAACCCCAAGAAAACCCUGCUUUUUCUAGCCUUCUCACAACCAAUUCACCAACACAGGAGAUCCCGGGAAUGGGUGUCUUAAAUAACACCCCAAGCAUCUCUACCUUCACAGAUGCAGACCUGCCUGAAAUCAACCUGAUGGUAAUGGAGGACUUGAUGCCUGCAUGUCCACAGAGCAAUAGAGAGAGUCACCUUAAUGGAGCCUGCACACUUCCUGUCACUGAUAUGGACAUGAUGAUAGAGAGUAAUGGUGAAAGCAACCUGAUAGGAAAAACCAUUGGCCAAGAUGAAGUUGGAGGUAAGAGCAGCAGCAUGAUGGUAAAGACUUUUGGACAAGAUGAGGCUGAGGAUGACAUGAUGGUGAAGAUGGUGGCACAGGAUGAGGGUAUAACUAAUGGACACCCAGACACCAAUGGCAGCACAGACACCAAUGGCAACACAAACACCAACGACAACGUACCUAUGGUCAGUGCUGCGGAAAGUGGACCGGCGUACGAUGUGCCCGAUGGAGUGGACUCUGAAGAUCUGCUCUCAUCAGUAUCCAAAGCUCUGCCUGCCUCUGCAUCUGAAACUCUAAAACCAGAGGAUAAAAAACAGCAGAAGCUCUUUAGAAGAAACAAAAAGAAGAGUAAUGAAGGCAAUUCCCGGAAGAGGAAGUCAAGAGGGAAAAGAAAAUGUUGUUGAUUUUUCCAUACAUGGUUUCUACACAUUGUAAUGGACUACAUCAGGGGUAGGCAACCCUGUUCCUGGAGUGCCGCAGGUACUGCAGGAUUUUGUUCCAACCAGGCACCAUACCAGGGGUGCGUUCAUUUCGCUUAAACGUUUGCUACAUUGUGAACGGUUUGUAUUGAACGACACGUUUUUCCAAAAUGUUCUUGUACUUUCUUGAACAGACUUUGAGAUCCGUUUGCUCCAUUCGGUGAGUGUGCUGGGGUGUGGCUUGAAGCAACAAGUGAUGUAUUUAAAGGGAUGCUGUGCGUUUGAACCCACAACCCAACCCCUCCCCGUUUGUCAACUGGUUGUUCAGUACAGCAUCGUUUCCAUUCAAUUUAAUGUUCUGUUACGUUUUUAUCUGAACACAGCCCUGACCAACUGAGCUAAUUGAUCAAUUUAGUGAUUGCCCCCAAUUUAUCACACCUGGUCUUCCAGGUCGGUUAAAUUUGUGGCACUCCAGGACCAGGAUUUAGUACUACAUUAUAUUGAACUAAAUUGAUUCCUCCAAGAAGAUAUCAGCAUGGUCUUCCUUCCUUUGAUAAUUUUGAGUUCUUGAAACAUUUGUGAAAUAAACAGGAAAAACUGCUAUGGUUCCCUGGCCAGGUUGAUUUGUAUUCUACCAAGAGGCUGUUGUGUUCCACAAGGCUACUGUUUGUAGUCUCUGCACAGCCUCAAUCCCAGCAAAUUUACUCUGUUACUGUAACCUGGUCUCAGAGCAUUUCGUAUUUUUCUGUACGUAAAUCCGAAAGCACCAUUUAUUGUUGUAUGUUUCAUAUGUAUGUAUUAAUUUGUAGAUGUCCAUUACCCAUUUUGUAUAAUAUUUUACAAAUUACAAUUUUGUAUUAUAUGUUACAAAUUUACGAAAUGUACAAUAUGUUACGAAUCUGCGAAACAUAUGAUAUGUUACAAAUUCUGUCUAGGUGGCUAACGUUAGCUAGCUGGCUUACAUUAGCUAGGCUAGGUGUUUCGGUUAGGGUAAAGUUGAAGUUUAGGAGUUAGGUUAAAGGGAUAAGGUAAGGGUUAGUGGAAGGGUUAGCUAAAAUGGUUAGGGGGAGGGCUAGCUAAUGUAAUGGAUGUGAAAUGGCUAGCUAGUUAGCGGGUACGCGCUACUAGCGUUUCAAUCAGUUACGUCACUUGCUCUGAAA